AGUAAUAUUAAAUAUAUUCUAACAACAGCUUAUCAAGCUUAAACGUGCUGCUGUUGUUCAGCCGCUGGUUUUACUCUUUCUGGCGCAAAGUGGGCCAAAAACAAAGAAGAGAGACGGACUCGUGACAGAAAAGCCGAUCACCUGAUCAUUAAGCAGUUUCACAAUUGAAGUAGCAGCAGGAGAGCGACAGGCAGUCGCUCCAUAUAUCGGUUGUUAAGCUUAACAUGGGAACGCUUUACAAACAUUCAGAGAUGAACUUACACACUUGCUUUACUUCUCUCCGAGAUAACUUCGGCGGAGAUGAAAUGGUCUGGGUCUAGGUUUAAAAGCUUGUCUAUACGAAUGUCUGGGAUGAUGGUAUUGAAGGCCGAGCUGAAUUCAAUAAAGAGCAUCCUUACUGAUUUCCCAGGAUACUCCAGGUGAUGCAGAGGAGAGUGAAGGGCGGUGCAAAUUGCAUCCUCUGUGGACUUUUUUGCCUUGUAGGGUGGGAGGCAGUCCUUUAUGUGCCUUAGGAGCAGCUUCUCGAAGCACUGUGCAAUCACUGGAGUCAGUGCGAUGGGUCUGUAGUCGCUGAGGCUACUGAUGGUGGUUAUUUAUGGUCUGCUCUUGCUCUGCUGUACAUGUCCUGGUCCCCAGAUUUGUGUGUUGAGUUGCAUGCCUUUAACAAUGCCUGAACCUUUCUCGUCAUCCAGGGUUUACGUUUGGGGUAGAGCCGGACAGGCUUUUCCGUGGAGACAGUGUCCAUGCAGUGCUUGAUGUAACCUGCGGUUGUGUGAGUCUCUAGUUCAUCAUGUUAAAAGACACUCCACUCUGUGAGGGUACUUGAAAGGGUUCUGAAAGCGUGAGGAAACACAUUCCUGUAAACCAAGAGAAGACACAAGUACACGUGUUUCUUUCGGGAAUGUUCCUCCUCAUAUACAGGGCGAACAUUUGUACUGUUUUAAAAGACCUUAAAGUCUCCUCUUAUUUUUCUUAAAGCACACAAACUACAGAGUUGUGCAGUGAGUCAACGUGUUAUUAAACAACAUAUCAUGUGACCCAGAUGUUGACCCGGAGAUAAUGGAGGAGUCAACUUGAUGGAGGUUUUGUGACUUUGUGGUGUUUUCCUCCUGCAGGCUGUCCUGUCGUCUCACUCCUCCCCUGUUUGAUCCACAUGGACUCGGCCAUCUCCCACCACAACAAGCUGCAGACUGCUCACACCUCUCAGGACAACGACCCCAAACACACAGCCAAAGUCAUUAGGAACUAUCUUCAGUGUAAAGAAGAACAAGAAGUACUGGAAGUGAUGGUACGGCCCCCACAGAGCUCUGAUCUUAACAUCAUCGAAUGUGUCUGGGAUUACAUGAAGAGACAGAAGGGGUUGAGGAAGCCUGUAUCCACAGAAAAUCUGUGUUUAAGGACCCGCUGCCUUGAUCUUCUGGGCUUCCAGCAGUUUAUGGAAGACAGUGAAAUGACCUCUGACCUGAUGGACGAGGGAAAGGAGCUGAACCGCCAGGAAAGUCAUCUGCUGGGAGAAGAAACAACAGUGAAACGGGAAGUACAAAGAAGCUGCUCAUCACUGGAUAUUCUGCUUAAGAUUGAAGAUUGAACAUCUGCCUCCCAGCAGGUCAGUAAAACCGAGACAGCUCUUCAGAAUCGGCGACAACAUCUCCAGCACCAUCAGACUGAGAACAGGAGCUCCUCGAGGCUGUGUUCUCACCCCGCUGUUGUUCGCUGUCCUGACACUGCACUGCUCUACACAGCUCCAACCACAUCAUCAGGUUCGCUCAUCAGCAACGACGACGAGUCGGCGUACAGAGAUGAGUUUGAGCAGCUGGCGUUCUGGUGCAGCGAGACCACCAACACCACCUCCAUCACCAAAAUAGCCUAGCAGCGCCUCCACUUCCUGAGACGCCUGAAGCGGGCCAGCCUUCCUCUUCCCAUCCUCACCGUGUUCUACAGGAGCACCAUAGAGAGUGUUCUGACCAGCUGCAUCUCCGUGUGGUUCGGCAAUCUCAUCCAGCUACAACGGAUUGUUAAAGCAGCUGCCAAGAUCACUGGAACAUCUCUCUCCCUCACACGCACUCUUUUCUCUCCUCCCGUCUGGCUGACGCUAUCGCAGCAUUGGGGCCCAAUCCUCCAGGCUGCGAAGUAGCUUUUUCCCACAAGCCAUCAGACUCUUGAACUCACUACCGGCUCUCCCACUCCCCCCCAACACCCACACCCACACAAACCGUUACCUAACUCUAUUGCACUCCACAUACCACUGCCUUUGUAAUGCAGAUGCUGCUCUAUGGACAAUCCUUACACUCAAGAACUCUGCUCAUGUUUACAAGCUGCUACGCUGGUCACUUUAAAUCACUUCAAGGUCACUUUAAAUCAUUCAAAUUGUAAAUUGUUAUUAAUACAUUUACC